AUGGAUUUCAUCCUUCAGACAGCCUCCAAAUUUGACGUCCCGGUUCCGGAACUACUCCGCCUCGGCGGUGCUCAUCCUUCUCUCGAGGGUAGGCGGGGCUGGGCCCUUAGUGACGACGAUAUGCAGCGGCUCGUCACUGUGCGUGCGUUCUUCGCAGAACUCAUCAUCGCACAUACGCCCAACAUCCUCACACUCGACUAUAGUAUAGGCCGCUAUCGGAAUGCCUUCCAAGUGUUAAUGACGAUUCAAGACUCGUCCUCGUUCCACCGCCAGCCCAUGUUCCCUUUGUUGAAAAACGUCCACCUGCGGCUAUUCGGGCCCGGCACCUUUCUACGGCCACUGAGUGAGAUGGCUCCCAAUCUUCAAACCCUCCGUAUACAGGGCGUAACGGCACCGAUGGAAGGCUGGCACUUUGAAAAGGUCAAGGAUCUCCGACUAAGCUCAUCAAACUUCACGGGCUCAGAGCUCAGGGGCAUCUUGACAGGGUGUCCCGCUUUAACUAACUUUGAGCCGGAGAAGAGAGCCAUCGACUACGGAUCAGAAUCAGCCCAAUUCGGGGCUCAUCACCUCUCUAAAGCAUUUCACAGCCUUGAUGAAUUUACAGCUUGA